CCAACGGGCUCAUUAAACGAUAUGCUGGACGUUUAAAUGGUCUUUGUUUUGAAUGGGCUCGAACGUUGUCCCUUAUUAAAAAGAACAAAAAAUGUAUGACAGGUACGUUAUUUACGUGUUGAUUUAUUUUUAUUCCUCCGUACUCAUAAAAUGAAAGUGGUAUUUUUCGAUGAAGACAGUUUGUGAGGCAUGUAAAGCGGAUAGAAGCUAGUAACAAUACCUUCCACCAGCCGUCUUUGUACUACUGCGGUUAGAAUUUGCAGACACUUCCUUUUGUCUAACGUUAUUUCCAACAUAUCCCAUCAAUGUCCCACACUAUGCUUUUACGUACAAAUCUGUCAGCAUAAUCAAUGUUAGUUUAUUCAAGUAUAUCAACGAUUAAGAUGGAAGAAAAACAGUAUACGUCACUGACGGUUCCUACGGAUUAUUUCCAACAGUGGUACCAGUCCAGCCAGCAGCACCCACAGGCCCAACACCUGAUGCAGUACCAUAGCAUGGGCCAAUACGCCGAAGGAUCACGGGAGGAGCCCGUCAUGACAGAGCUCUCUGUCCUCCGGGAACUCCCUUCAUCUCACCAGGAGUUCCUGUCGCACCAAAGCUACUAUCCACAGGGCUCCCACCAAGCAGAACUUGACUAUCACCACAACUUCAGGGAGAGCCAACAGCCUGCUUUCCAGCCCAGUCCGCAUCAGGAGUUUCCAGGGCAUCAGGAGGAGCCAGGGAGGGUUCACCAACAGCAACAACCUGUCGAUCCUGCACCAGCCGCACCCCCGGGCAAGAGGAAGCGGGGCCGGCCUCCAAAGCAGCAAUCGGAGGAAAGCAAGAUGCAGCCGGUCGAGAUGAGUGAGGAGGAGGCCGCUAAAAAGGCCAAGAGAGCCCUCAACCGCUUCAACGGCAUGUCAGUGGCUGAGGUCAUGGCCAAAACCUUGCCAGAUGUUAUUACCUACAAUCUUGACAUAUUGAUAAUUGGAAUCAACCCGGGACUGCUGUCAGCCUUCAAAGGACGCCAUUACCCCAAUCCAGGAAACCACUUCUGGAAGUGUCUGUUCCUGUCAGGUCUGUCUGACGAGCAGCUCAACUACAUGCACGACGAGAGUCUCCCGGAGAAGUACGGCAUCGGCUUUACCAACAUGGUGGAGAGAACUACACCAGGAAGCAAAGACCUGUCCAACAAGGAGAUUCGUGAAGGAGGUCGACAGUUACUUGACAAGCUUCAGAAAUACAAGCCACUGAUCGCAGCGUUUAAUGGGAAAUGCAUUUAUGAAAUCUUCUGCAAAGAGAUUUUUGGGGUAAAGGCAAAGAAUCUUGAGUUUGGCCUACAGCCAUACAAAAUCCCUGAAACCGGCACGGUGUGUUACCUGAUGCCCUCAUCGAGUCCGCGCUGUGCGCAGUUUCCCCGGGCUCAGGAUAAGGUGCAUUUCUACAUCAAGCUGAAGGAUCUUCGCGACCAAAUCAAGGGCAAGGGCAAGCCAAGCCUUGAAGUGACGGAGACGGAGUACUCCUUUGAUCUACAGCUGGCAAAGGAGGACGCCAAGAGGAUUUCAAUCAAAGAGGAGCAGGUGGACCCAGAGUAUGAGAACUGUGACCGGGGACGUGAGGAGGCGAGGCAAGGCCCCAGCCACUGCAGUAUCUCCAAUGCCAAAAAGGAAGAACCUGACCGUAAAGAGAUUGCGGCAGGUCACAUGACAUGUAACCCGUGGACUCCACAGUCGUUUGUGGAGCAGAUACCGGAUAUCAACUGUGAUAGCAGCACCAUACCUCAACCCCCGGUUGAGGGCAAGACGUUUUAAGGACACCAAUGUAAUGGAGAAUAGGUCAUAGGGGGGUCAUACCUGUGAUGAUUCGUCAUGUCUGCAUGUGUCACACAAGGGGGGGCGGCCAACAGUGCCUGGACUUCCACGUCUUUCAGACAAACAGUUUGUAUUCUUGGUGUUUUUUAGUAUUAUAAUUUAUUCCAUUUCGUACCGCAUGUGUGUUUUUUCGGUGACUUAUUUUUAUAUCUUGGGGGAAAAAACUGGGAUUUUAUUAUUUGUAUCAUGUAUAAUUGUGUAACCGUGCUCCGGAAUUUCGGAUUUGUGAUUGCGGAGCCAUUAAAUACCUUCUAAUGUUCAACCUCAA